CUCUGAGAACUUGUAAAGGCUUUUUCAUCCUCUUGAAACAUUCAAUCUUUGCCAUCAUGAACAUGAAGGUUGUCAUCAUUCUCCUGGUCCUCUCAUUGGCCACUAUAUUGGCGCUGGUUGCUGUUUUACUGUCAGGAACAGGAAAAUCAAGUCAAAGCUGUGAUACUCAAUCACAGUAUCAUGGCGAUACCAAUCCCAGUGCUGCACAGAAGAAAGAGGCAAGCAACCAAAACUUAAUCUUUUCAGACCUGAAUCCGGAAGAGUUUUCUGCAACAGUUAACUACUUAAAGAAAAAUCUUGGUAAGAACUUGGUCAGUGCAGACAUUGCAAAGCCUACCGAAAAUUGUAUCUACUACAUCGAUGUUAAAUAUCCUCCAAAGCAGAAAGUCCUAGAAUACUUAGAUUAUGGAGCUGAAAAGCCUAACCGGGAGGCACUUGCUGUGGUUUUCUUUGGCGAUCAAGAAGAACCCAACAUUACAGAAUAUGUAGUAGGUCCUCUUCCAAACCCAUCUUAUCACAAGGAUAUUACGUUGGAGAAAUACAAAGAGAAGCUGCCUUACUAUCGUCGACCUGUUAUUGGAAAAGAGUAUGUUGAUGCUUACAGUAUGGUUUAUAAAAGCGAGUUUUCCAAAGCUUCUAAUUUUUUACGAGCUCUUGGCUAUGAUGGAGACAAUUUUGCAGCUCUAACAACCGUCCCAAGGGGCUUCAAAUCUGGUGACAGAAGUACAUGGUUUGUCAUGUUUCUUAAAGUGAAAGAAAGUUGUUUUUCUGUCCAUCCAGUUGGACUUGAAAUUCUUCUUGACCAUAAAAGUCUGGAUGUCACCAAAUGGAAAGUCACCAAAGCCUUUUACAAUGGUGUUUACUUCUCUAACAUGGAUGAUUUGGAGAAACAGUACAAUGCUGGAGAAGUUCAAGUGGUUAAGAUUAAAAAUGUAACUCCAGAAAAUGACAUUGGCUCUAUGAAGCCUAAAACACAUCCUACACCUGGAGCACCUUUACAGUUUGACCCAAUUGGCAAACGUUAUACUGUUAAAGACAACCGAGUAACCUUCCAGUCUUGGGACUUUUCUUUUGGUCUAAAUGUAAAUACUGGUCUACGUCUUUUUGACAUCAAAUUUAACAAUGAACGCAUUGUUUAUGAAAUUAGUACUCAAGAGGCAAUUGCAGUCUACGGCUCUAAUGCACCGGGUGGAAUGAUCACAAGAUACCUUGAUGGAAGUUUUGGUAUUGGAAGGUUCUCCUUUGAGUUGGUAAGGGGUAUUGAUUGUCCUUAUCUGGCUACUUAUGUUAACACUCACUAUCUAAUGGAAUCUGAGACUCCUGAAACAAACGAAAAUUCCAUAUGCAUUUUUGAACAUAAUACUGGGAUGCCUCUUCGUCGACACUAUUCCAAUAUGCACUCUAUGUAUUAUGGCGGACUGAGCAGCAGCGUUUUAAUUAUCCGAGCUGUGUCAACUCUUAUUAAUUAUGAUUAUGUAUGGGAUUUCAUAUUUUAUCAAAAUGGAGUUAUUGAAGCCAAGAUAUAUGCCACUGGAUAUAUCAGUUCCUCAUUCUACUUUGGUGAUGGUAAAGACUAUGGCUCAAGGGUUGGUGAAUAUACAUUGGGAACCCUUCACACGCACUUUAUCAAUUACAAAGUAGAUAUUGAUGUUGGAGGCAUCACUAAUUCUGUUAUGACCCAAGAUAUGAAGUUUUAUCCAUUAAACAUCCCAUGGCAGACAGACGCCAAGAUACAGAGGUCAAAGUUGGUACGGAAUACUUUGAAGACUGAAAAUAAUGCUGCUUAUGAACAGAAUGCCAAGAUGCCCCGGUAUAUUCACUUUGCAAGUAAUUCCACAAAUAAAUGGGGUCACCCUCGUUCCUACAGAAUCCAGAUAGUCAGCUUUGCCGGAGAACCUUUGCCAAAAGAAAGUCCCGUGGAGGAUGCAAUAGGAUGGGCCAAGUACAAACUAGCAGUGACUCAUCAUAAAGAUGACGAAUCUGAGAGCAGUUCCAUCUACAAUCAAAAUGAUCCUUGGGCUCCAAGUGUAAAGUUCUCUGAAUUCAUAAAUGAUGAAGAUAUUCAAAAUCAGGAUCUGGUCGCUUGGAUUACAGUUGGAUUUCUCCAUAUACCCCACUCAGAGGAUCUUCCAAACACUGCCACUCCGGGAAAUGGCGUUGGGUUCUUCCUCAGGCCUUACAACUAUUUUAACAUUGAUCCUUCUGUUCAUUCUCCGGAUGGUGUUUAUUUUCAGAGUGAACAGGAUUAUAGUUCAUGUGAUGUUAACCAAAUGGCUUGUUUGUCCAAAACAGGGUCCUGUGUUCCCAAGAUACCUCCUUUCACUUACAAAGGCUUUAAGUAUCUUGUGAAUUUGUAAGCAAAAGUAUAUACAUAGUUUCUGUGACAGCUAGAGGAUGUAUGAUUCCCCCCAGCGUUUGAGU